CAAACACUUCAUCAUUUUAGUAGAGUGCUGCCUCUCUCUCUGUAUUUGUCCCGUUAGCAGCGGAUGUGAAAAGUUGCUGACAGCGCAGCAGCGGACAGCCUUCCUCAUCAGAUAAGUGCAGGUUUGAACAUUGUCCCGCUGGGGGACUGUUGCGCACAAGACCACAGGAGCGCGCGCGCUCAGCUUCAGGUAGAAAACGACAACACCUGAAUCCGUUCAGGAAGAAAGGAAGGAGCCAAGAUGACGGACGGAGCGAGACAGCGGAGCAGCACGGCGGGCUCUGCCAAGGAUGCUGCCGAGGAGAAGCAGCAGUCUGGAGGAGUGGCGCUGAAGAAGGAGAUCGGGCUCGUGAGCGCGUGCGGGAUCAUAGUCGGUAACAUCAUUGGCUCAGGCAUCUUCGUCAGUCCAAAGGGAGUGUUGGAAAACGCCAGCUCGGUAGGAGUGGCUCUGAUCGUCUGGAUCAUCACUGGAAUCAUCACCGCCAUCGGAGCGCUGUGCUACGCUGAGCUCGGCGUCACCAUCCCCAAAUCAGGAGGAGACUACUCCUACGUGAAGGACAUCUUUGGUGGACUGGCUGGGUUUCUGCGACUGUGGAUCGCUGUGCUGGUCAUCUAUCCAACAAACCAGGCUGUGAUCGCGCUCACGUUCUCCAACUAUGUCCUCCAGCCUCUGUUUCCCACCUGCUUCCCACCAGAAAAUGGCCUGCGGCUGCUCGCAGCUGUCUGUCUUCUGCUGCUGACAUGGGUGAACUGCUCCAGUGUGAGGUGGGCCACUAGAGUUCAGGACAUCUUCACCGCCGGCAAGCUGCUGGCCCUCGCCCUCAUCAUCGUCAUGGGCUUUGUGCAGAUCUGCAAGGGAGAGUACUACUGGUUGGAGCCGGCCAACGCCUUCGAGCCCUUCCAGGACUACGAUGUGGGUUUGAUAGCGCUGGCUUUCCUACAAGGCUCUUUCGCCUACGGAGGCUGGAAUUUCCUCAACUAUGUGACAGAGGAGCUUGUGGAUCCCUACGUGAACCUUCCACGUGCCAUCUUCAUCUCCAUCCCCCUCGUGACCUUUGUUUACGUCUUUGCCAACAUAGCCUACGUCACCGCCAUGAGCCCCCAGGAGCUGCUUGCCUCAAACGCUGUUGCCGUGACGUUUGGUGAGAAGCUGCUGGGAGUCAUGGCGUGGAUCAUGCCCAUCUCUGUGGCUCUCUCCACUUUCGGGGGCGUCAAUGGUUCCCUUUUCACCUCGUCACGGUUGUUCUUCGCUGGAGCCAGAGAGGGACACCUCCCGAGUCUGCUGGCCAUGAUUCACGUAAAACGCUGCACCCCCAUCCCUGCUCUGCUCUUCACUUGCCUGUCUACUCUGCUCAUGCUGUGCACCAGUGACAUGUACACCCUGAUCAACUACGUAGGCUUCAUCAAUUACCUCUUCUAUGGAGUCACUGUCGCCGGGCAGAUCGUCCUACGGAUUAAAGAGCCCAACAUGUACCGACCAAUCAGGAUCAGUCUCAUAUGGCCGGUCAUUUACCUCGUCUUCUGGGCCUUCCUGCUCAUCUUCUCUCUUUACUCUGAGCCUGUGGUGUGCGGCAUCGGCCUCGCCAUCAUGCUCACUGGUGUCCCCGUCUACUUCCUGGGAAUCUACUGGGACAACAAGCCCCAGUGCUUCGAUGCUUUUGUUGAUAAAAUGACGUACUUGGGCCAGAAGAUGUGUGUGGUGGUUUAUCCAGCGGAGGAGAAGGGCACCAGUGAAGAAGAACAAGAGGAAAUGAAGGAGGUGAUGUCUCCUCUGGCACAGGAGGACAAUCACAAAUCAUAAGACUGAUGAAGUUCACCUUUUCGUUUCGUUAAACUCCCACCUGUCUCGUCAGAAACCAUCUGCAGCCCGAUACGUGCUCAUGUGGACACGCACUACACACGCAAACACAAUCCAACUUAUGUUUACUGAUCAACGUUGUAUCUGAAGAUUGUUUUUGUUGAGGUGACUUGUCAAUCAGUCGUAUUCUGUGCCAAAUACGUCAACAGUAACCUCAACCUUUUUAAGUCUGGGGUCUGUUGAAAGUGCAAUAAAAAAAAUGAGCACCUUUCAGCUCCUCAUUUCAUUCAACAGCGAAACCAUGAGCCUUUUAUUUCAUCCUCAUCUUCAUCAUCGUCAGCAGCAGCAGCCUCAUCACUCUGCUUCACGCUCGUUCCACAUCCGCAUCCUUCCACUCAGCAAACAUUAGAACUAUUUUUUUUAAUAGUUUUACCAAAAAGACUAACUGAACUGUGAUGGACAAAUGCUUUUAUUUUUAUAAUUUUGUUAAUUUCUGCCAUUUUCUCCCAUUCAGUGCACCAAAAAUGCAUUUUUGAUUGUCAACACAGAAAAUGUAGCUCGAAUAGUUUCACCAUUUUUUUUUAUCUAUUAUUUGUGUAUUGUUUGUUUUUUUUUUUCAAAUGUAAUGCCUCCUUUUUUGUAAUUGUUUUUACUGCGUAAUUAUCUUAUUUUUCUAUCAUGUUUAACUUUAGUUUUGUUUACUUUUUUCUAACAUACUAUCCAUCUAUGGUUUACGUUUUAUUUGUUAAACUGUGCCCGAGGGUUGAAGCAACAUCCUGAAAUUGUUUUGGUUAAAAAGCCAAGGCAACACUUAAUUAUUAUUUUUGCCUUAAUUAAAACUACGGUUUUCUGUGAUUUCGUCAUAUUGUAGCUGUGUUUCGACAGAUGAUCAGAGAUGGUCGGAAGAACUUUGAAGAUUUCUCACUUUUCUUUAAACUAGAACAUGAAAGCGACACAACACAAAUAAUCAAAUCAUUAAAAAUCAUUGGGGAAGUCAUAACUUGCUGCACAUUUGAAUUCCUAAUGUGCCAUACUGACAUGUGAAUGAGUAUUUUUGUACACCAAUCCAAAAAAGUUGGGACUUUGUGUAAAAUGUCAAUAAAACGAGAAUGUUUGCAAAGCUCACACCCCCAUAUUUUAUUCUCAAUGGAACACGGUAAACAUAUCAAUGCUGAAAACAGUGGUUACCAACACUGGUCCUUGUGGAACA